GGGUGGCGCGGGAUUGGGGAACCGGUAGGGGCGGAGCCACAGAGCCAUUGGCUGCACCCGCUACCACCCGGUAGUAGUUCCAGAGGUCAACCCCUCCCCUUCCUUUUUCCCUCGGAGCCGGCCCUAGACAGUGUCUUCUGAGCGCGGCAUGAUGGCGAAGAUUAAGGCGAGAGACCUACGCGGGAAGAAGAAGGAGGAGCUGCUGAAGCAGCUGGACGACCUGAAGGUGGAGCUGUCCCAGCUGCGUGUCGCCAAAGUCACGGGCGGCGCGGCGUCCAAGCUCUCCAAGAUCCGAGUGGUUCGCAAAUCUAUUGCUCGAGUUCUCACUGUCAUUAACCAGACACAGAAAGAAAACCUCAGGAAAUUCUACAAGGGCAAGAAAUACAAGCCUUUGGAUCUGCGGCCCAAGAAAACUCGUGCCAUGCGUCGCCGGCUCAACAAGCAUGAGGAGAACCUCAAGACCAAGAAGCAGCAGAGGAAGGAACGGCUGUACCCAAUGAGGAAGUUUGCUGUCAAAGCCUAAGCAUUCCAGCAUCAAUAAAAAACUGUG